AUGUAUAAUAGAAUAAAAUACAAAAGUGAAAUUUUAGCAAGCGAACAUCUGAUAGAUAUAUUCCGUUUAAAUAUAUUGCAAGAAUAUGAUUGGUCCUUAAGUUCAUUAAAAAAGGAACAAGCAAGAACAGAUUUAACUAAUGAUUUAGAUAAUGAAUUACGAGUAUAUAAAAUUAAGAACUUCAUAAAAGAAUUACCGAUAUAUGAAAUUUUAUUUAAAAGAGGGAAUAAUGCAAUUAUAACGGAAGCAUGUAUCAGAUGUUAUAGUAAGAUCGAUAAUUAUAAUAUGCCAGAAAAUUGGGAUCAUGUAUGGGAAUUUAUAGAAAAAGAAUCAAAGGAACUUAACGUUACAACAAAAGAUAGAAAACGUAAAAGAAUAGAAGGCAAUGUUGAGGAAAAUAAUAAUAGAAAUUAUGAAGCGUAA